CCGUUCCCCAAAUCAGUCCAAUCCCUAGCUCCUCUAACGCAAGCCGCCGCCUGUCGCCUCUUCCACGCCGCCGCCGGACGCUCCCCCCUUUCUCCUCCGCUGCUCAACCUCCACGGCUCCACGGCCACGGGCACGGCUGCACGGCCGCCUCCUCCUUCACGCAAAGCUUGCUCUAGAGCAUGUGCGUGAGCAGGGCAUGUGGGUCAGCUUAAGCUUAUCUUUGUGAAGAGGCCAAGUUGAGGCCGAGAGGAGCCAGCCGUGUUCUUGUGCUCUUUUUCGAGUAUUACACCGGAGAUGGGUCGCAAGAGGAAGAGCACAAUGGGUGGAAAGACUCCACCGUCAAAGGGCCGGCCUUGCUGCAAGUCGGUGGCGGUGCCCAGUCUAGUUGCCGUAGAGGCGCCGGAGCCGGUGGCAGCGUCCAACGCAAUGGUGCCACAUCAUCAGCCAAAAGGAGGACCAGGGCUACUCAAACAAGCCUGCAGUGCAGUCGCGGUAUCUGCGGCGAAGGAAAAGGUGGUGAAGCUCGACUUAGAUGUUCCGAUGAGGGUGCUAAACUGCGACGUGUGCUAUGGCCUCCUGAAGGCUCCCAUCUUCCAGUGCUCCCUUCUGCGGCACGUCGCGUGCAGGUCCUGCAGUGAGUUCCACGGCGGCAAGUGCCGUCCUUGUGCAGACUUGGCCGCCUCCGCUGUCUACGUCCAGAGCUCCUACCUGGACACCCUAUUCGGCUACAUCAAGGAGGCCUGCCCGUACAAAAAGUACGGCUGCACAAGCACUAUUGUCAUAGGUGACCUGGCGGCGGCGCACAGAGCCACAUGCGAGUUCGAGCCCUGUUGGUGCACGAGGUGCUCUUUCAAGGGCUCGCCGGCGGACCUCGUGAGCCACUUCACGCUCACGCACGCCUGGUCCGCCCACAAGUUCACAUACGGCCAAGACUACAUAUACAACACCGACGAGAUGGAUUCGUCGUUUGUGUACACCGACAAGAUGGAUUCGUGGAUGGUGCGCUAUGAACUCUUUCUCGGGGAGGACGGUGGCGUGUUCCUAUUGGUCGUGGACCUUGCUCCGUUCUUCCAGGAGUUCCCUUUCCCCUUGGUGACCCUUGUGUGUGUCAGGAAUAGCGCUGCUGCUGCCGCUGGGCCGAUGUACACCUACUCGGUCAGGGCGGAUGCCCCUCCUGCUCAGAGGCGCAAGCUGAAGCUGGAAAUUAAGGAGGUGGCGAGCUGCCCGGACUGGAGGAUGGAGCGUGACUGUUUCCCACUGCUUCCGGGGAUGCUGCGUGAGGAAAAAACCAGCAAGAGUGUCCUUGUGCGCAUCUGCGUUAGCAAGAGCGAGAGCAGCAGCGUGUCAUGCUCAAGUUAGAGGGGCAUCAGAAAUGCAGUUAUCUUUGCGUGAAUCCCAGAAGAAUGUGUAGUUUCGUAGUACUACUAGUUAAGCCGUUUCAAGUCAUUGAGAUGUGUCUUUUUGUAUUCUUGAUUGAUGAAAGACUUGAAUUUCCUCCUGUUCGGCUGCUCGAUGGAGGAUGGCUAAAAUGUGUAAGAGUGGCAGGGUGUUGACUUGUGUUCAGGACUUGAUGGAAAUUUGUUUUGGUUGAAUGCUAUUAGGAACGAUGCUUGUUUCCAUCA